AUGCCGGUCACUAAUGAAAACUGGCCUGAGGCAUUUGGAUUUGGGCUGGGUGGCGCCGGUCCCUGUUAUAUUCUGUGGGUGGAGGCUGGAAGUAGCGCAGACUCUGCUGGUCUUCAGCCAGGAGAUCAAAUCUUAGAGAUUGAGGGGAGGCCGGUUUCUUCUCUGGACUGUGACUCAUUGACCCAGCUUGGCCGGGAGUGCCAUAAUGUGCCCCCCAGUAUAGGCGUUAUUUCACGAGUACAAUAUGUAGAAGUUCCAAAAGGAACCCAGGAAAAGAUUGGCCUCACCUUGAUGGAAGGGAGACCUCCUCAAGUUGGAAGUGUUUGUUCCAGUUCUCUUGCUUUUCAGGCAGGGAUUUGUACUGGGGAUUAUCUUCUGGAGGUAAAUGGGAUUCCAGUGGCUGAUGUGUUGGAGGCAAACCGGCUGAUAGAGUCACAUGCCAGUUGUACACUCAAGCUUGGGCUUCUAUGUAUCGCCCAGAAGCAGAGGCACAGCAGGACGUACAGUACUGGAAGUACUCGCCAAUCACAAAGAAUUAAAGCUCAAGAGUUCAACAGAAAGCUUGAUGAGGUCCUAGGAAAUCAAACAGCAUUGAAGGAGAAGAUAUUUGCUCUUCUAAAACAGUACGCGCAGGAAAGGAAGGUCGAACCCUUAGCAUACGCGCUUCCCAUGAUCCUCCCUGAGGAAUUCCAGCAAGUUCUGAUUGACAAUAUCAGGAUCUUUAUUCCCAAGAAGCACCGGCAUCGAUUUGACCAUGUGAUGUCCCAGACCCUCAUCAGCAAAAUCUGCAGGUCCCGAAGUGAACGAAGCAACCGACUACGGAGGAGCCGGAGCGAGGACCAUCAUGAAAGGUUACUGGUGUCCACACGAGCUGCCCCCUUGCCUCACUCCCAGGAGGAGCUAAGCCGAGGGCUGCGAAAGAACAGGUCUCUAAUUGCUGGCAGCGUGGGCACAGGGAAACCACACAGGACGGUGAGAGUAUGUAAAGGCAGCAGCAGUUUCGGAUUCACAUUACGGGGAAAUGCUCCUGUAUGGAUUGAAUCUGUUCUUCCAGGCAGCCCUGCGGAGCAGGCUGGACUUCACCCCGGAGAUCGAAUUUUGUUCCUUAAUGGUCUCGACAUGAGAAACUGCGGGCAUGAGAAGGUGGUGUGCAUGCUGCAGGGCAGCGGGGCUGUGCCCACUCUAGUGGUAGAAGAGGGCAGUGUGACCUACGGUGCAGACCUGGAUUCCGAGACCCCUCUACAAACUUCAGCACUUACCUCUCUUCAGUGGGUGGCAGAGAUUCUCCCUUCUAAUAUCCGGAUACAAGGUCGAACCUUCAGUCAACAGUUAGAACAUCUGCUCACACCCACAGAACGCUACACUGUAUGCAAAGCCUUGGAGAGCUUCUUCCAGCACAGGAAUAUUGACACUCUGAUAGUGGAUACCUAUCCUGUCCUGGACACUCCAGCCAAGCAGAUCAUCUGGCAGUUCAUCUUCCAGCUGUUGACGUAUGAGGAGCAGGAGCACUGCCAGCACAAGAUAGCUCGAUUCCUGGGGUACAAGGCAGCUGCAUUAGAGACUGAGACUGGAGCGCCCACGCGUGGGUCUGUACAAGGGCAGCAGAUCUAUCAAUGCGCUACACGGACCCCAGCUACAGAAGAGGGCAAAACAGUUCAUUGUGACCCAGGAGAGUCAGUACCUCGUGUGACCCCUGGAGAGCGGCAAGCAGGAGAUGGUACAUCACUACCAGAAACCCCCAACCCCAAAAUGAUGUCAGCCGUAUAUGCUGAGCUGGAAAAUCGUUUUAUUAACAACUUCUCUGGAAAAGUGAGCAGCAUGAAAUCACGAAGCUCCUGUAAUCUCAGAGCAGGGCAGCAUAAGUUUACCCAAGGUACCCUGUGGCGGAACACCUUGCCUCCUGCAGAGCAAUGCCCACCACGCCCGCCCAGUGCCCCCUCUCCUAGCAGCUCAGAGUCCAACCCCUACGUGAGCCUGGAUGGCAGUCUACCCCCUUCACCAUCUCAUAGGAAGAUUUUCACAUUCUCACGGCCAAGUCGCUCUAGAGACACUGACCGCUUCCUGGACGUUCUAAGCCAGCAACUGGGGCAGAAUCUGACCCUCACUGACCAAUUCCUGACUCCAGAGAAUGAUUAUGAAGAGUCUCUCCUGCAGAUGACCUUUCAGGAUGAGCAGUUCAGUUGUGCGGGUCGUGAUGCCAGCAGCGCUAGUGAGUCUGCGAGCAGCAGUGAGGACGGGAGCUCUCUCACCUACUCCUCAGUGUCUGAUCUCAUUCCACCACCACCUCACAGUCCUCCACCCCCACCCCCUCCCCAACCUCUGCAUCCCAGAGGAGAUGCAUUCUUGCCAAAGGAAGUCUCUAAAAAAAAACAGCCCAGUCUGUCUCGGGAUCCAGGAAACUACCCCUCACCCCCUCCCGCUCCACCGCUCCCAGUCCCUCCUGCUCCUCCUCUUGCACCCCUUGCACACAGAGGCAUGCACCGACGGAGUGAGUCUAGUCACAUGAGCGUGAAGAGGCUGCGCUGGGAACAGGUGGAAAAUUCAGAAGGAACCAUAUGGGGCCAGUUGGGGGAGGAUUCCGAUUACGAGAAAUUGAGUGACAUGGUAAAGUACCUGGAUUUGGAGCUUCACUUUGGUACCCAAAGACCUGCGCUUCUCUCUGCUCUUCCGGAAUCAAUGAAAAAGAAAGGUGCUGUUGAAAUUCUCUCUCACAAGAAAGCCUAUAACACAGCUAUUUUACUUGCGCAUCUGAAGCUCACUCAUCUGGAACUGCGUCUGAUCCUCAUGACUAUGGAUAACGAGCGUCUGGAACCUUCGCACAUAAAGCAGCUGUUGCUGUACGCACCUGAUGAGGAGGAGAGGAAACACUUUGAGGCCUAUGCAGGCAGCCCCAGCAAGCUGAGCGAGCCAGACCAGUUUGCUCUGCAGAUGCUGUCUGUCCCAGAAUACAAGAUCCGACUCAGAAGUCUCUUGUUUAAGAGCACACUUCAGGAAAAGACAGACGAGAUCAGAGCCAGCUGUGACUGUAUCUUUAAGGCUUCUUCUGAGCUUAGGAAUAGCAAGAAACUCGCCAAGAUACUAGAGUUUGUCUUAGCCAUGGGGAACUAUCUGAAUGACGGGCAGCCCAAAACAAACCGGACAACAGGAUUCAAGAUUAACUUCUUGACUGAGCUCAGCACAACAAAGACUGUGGAUGGCAAGUUUACAUUCCUACACAUUCUCGCCAAAUCUCUCAGCCAGCACUUCCCGGAACUGCUGAGUUUUGCCAAGGACCUUCCUACCGUGCCUCUCGCUGCCAAAGUCAACCAUAGAUCUCUAACUGCUGACCUGAGUGACCUACAUGUGACUAUCCAAGAGAUAAAAAAAACCUGCAGCCGGAUGCCCAGCAACCCUGAGGACAAGUUCCCUAUCACCAUGAGUACAUUUCUGGAAAACAGCUUCCCCUGUCUACAGAGCUUGGACACCCAGCAGCACCGGGCAAUGGAGGACUUCUUCAAAGUCUGUCUGUUUUUUGGAGAAGACCCAAAAAGCACCAACACAGAGACUUUCUUUGGGAUUUUUGCAGACUUCUUAAGCAAAUUUGAGAAAGCCUUCACUGAUCUUCAAGGUAGUGACUCUCAGCUGCCAUCUGGGAAUCCUUCCCCACUAGUAUGGCAGUGAUACUCUGGUCAAUAAUGGAUCAUCAUGUACUCAGAUAUGGCAAAAAUAAUCGGUCCAUGAUUCGGAAACAUUAUGUCUGAGGAAACAGGCUCAAGAACUUGAUGCACAAGGUUACAUUUAUGGAAACCCAAUGAAUGCCGGAGGAGCCUGUAAAGUAAAGGAAUGUUAGCGAUACGUUAGCGAUACGUUGACGACAUUCUUGCCACCAAGGAAAGAAGUUGCAUUCAGAAUACAAGAAUGAAUGAAUCAAUCAACAGCAGAACAAGGACAGAAAAUAUAGAUCUAUGUUAUUCUGUAUUCCAUAGUUUAAUUUAUUUUCCUUCUUUUUUUAAUUUCAACAUAAAACCAUUAUUAUUACACCAUGUUUUUACUUUCUUCAAGUCCUCUACCCAUGCUUGUUUGUUUACACAAACCUGCUAGGCUAAGCCACAGAUGCUUCAGCUGUUUGUUAUUCCAGCCAAUAUUUAUUCACUCCGAAGAAAAAAUGUAUAUGUAAUUUUACACAGGGCUUUAGUGCUUUUAUUUAAAUUGCAGAAUUUAACUGCUGCAAUAAAGAGACUCAUAUUUAUUACA